CAGACAAAAAUUUAACAAUUGCAGGAACAAAGCCUAGCAGAAGUAAACCCACCGCCCCACAUCGUGAUUAAUGUAACCAGUAAUCUUCCAAACAACACAGGAAAUAACAAUAAAGAUGAAGGUUUUGAACAAGCUGCAGCUGAAACCCCAACCCAGCAGAAAAGUGACCCUACAGACAAUGCAGAAGACAACAAUGGGACACCCACUGCAGUUCAACAGAAAAUGGAAGAACCCGCUCUUACAAAUGAUGAACAACUCGGCCGCGAAGAGGAAGAGGAUAAAACCAACAUGGAGUUUGACGAAAAUCUAGGGGAAAAACCUGAUCUGGAGGAUGGAGGGCAAGCAGAACCUGAGUUAGUCGUAGAUCAUCGAUCUAAAUCUAAUACUCUGGAGACUGCAGUCAACGAAGAUAAUGUAGAAGAAUUGGAUGGAGGUUCCUAUUUCUUUUCAUAUUUCAUGGUGAUAUGUGUGUUCUUUGUUCUUGGCUACGUUGGAUACCACAACAGAAUAAAGGUUAUGGCCCUGGUACUAGAGGGAAAAAGGAAUAAAAGGCAAUAUAGAGGCAGGAGACCGAAUUCCGCCAAUUACCACAAGCUGGAUAGUAAUCUUGAGGAAGCCAUCUCGUCCACUUGCACGAAAAAUUCCAAUAACAUUAUUUACUGAAUGAUCUUAGCUUAGCUACAUUUAACUUCAUCAUUGUUCAUAUCAUUUGUAAGUUAUUUUUUCUAAAUCUGUUAUGUGUAAAAAUGUAAAUAUCUGAAAAAUCUGCAGGAUUUUGAAAUACACUGAAAGAAAAAUUUGAGCGUUUGUUGUUGAAAGCACAAAAAGUUGCAAAUGGUUCAGCUGGAGAGGGAACAUGAAUCUUUCGAAUAAAUUUGUAAAUAGUG